AUGCAACCACACUCUUACAAGGUGUUAUCCGACGAUACCACCAUUGCCAAGCCGAUCACUGAUGAUCGUUCCUACCGUCUUUUCAAGUUAGAUUCCAAUGAUCUUAGAGUGCUUGUGAUAAAUGAUCCCCAGGCAGAUAAAUCAGCUGCAUCAUUAGAUGUUAAUGUUGGUUCAUUUACUGAUUCAAAAUUUGGCAUUCCUGGAUUGGCACAUUUUUGCGAGCAUUUAUUAUUUAUGGGAACGGAAAAAUACCCUCUUGAAAAUGAAUAUUCCAGCUACUUGUCUAAACAUUCCGGUAAUUCAAACGCUUACACUAGUAGUGAACAUACUAAUUACUAUUUCCAAGUUGGGUCCAACCAUUUAGAAGGAGCAUUAGAUAGAUUUGCUCAAUUUUUCAUAGCUCCCUUGUUUAGUUCCAGUUGUAAGGAUCGAGAAAUCAAUGCUGUUGAUUCGGAAAAUAAAAAAAACUUGCAGAAUGAUGAUUGGAGAUUAUAUCAGUUAGAUAAGUUGAACACAAACGGUGAACAUCCAUAUAAUGGGUUCUCCACGGGUAAUUACCAGACUUUACAUGAAGAGCCAGUUUCACGAGGCGUUGAUGUGCGUGAAGUGUUGAUGGAUUUCCACAAGAAUCACUACAGUUCAAAUUUAAUGAGUUUGGUUAUUCUUGGUAAAGAAGACCUUGAUACUUUAACUUCAUGGGCAAUUGAAAAAUUCAGUGCUAUACCUAAUAAAAGCUUACCUCGACCAAAUUACAAUGGUGAAGUUAUUUUAAAACAAGAACACUUGGGCAAGUUAAUCAAGGCUAAUCCAAUCAUGGAUAAUCAUCAAUUAGAACUUGAGUUUAUGAUCCCCGAUGAUUUUGAAGAUAAAUGGGAUACCAAGCCAAUGGGGUAUUUUUCCCAUUUAAUUGGUCAUGAAUCUGAAGGGUCGAUCCUUUACUACUUAAAAUCUAAAGGUUGGGCUACAGAAUUGGCACUGGGAAACCUGAAAGUAUCUCAAGGAAACUCAUUCUUUAUAAUUGAAUUUACCUUGACUCCAUUAGGAUUUGCCAAUUGGCAAGAAAUUGUCAAGUUGACAUUUGAUUAUUUACAUAUGGUGGUCAAUGAUGAACCCAAGGAAUGGAUAUGGAAAGAGUUACAAGAAAUGAGUGAAGUAAACUUUAAAUUCAGACAAAAGAUGGAUCCUUCAAGUACGGUUUCCAAGUUAAGUAACCACUUGUAUCAAUUUGAUGAAUUUAUCCCACCAAACCACUUGUUGAGUUCGAGCGUUUAUCGGAAAUUUGAUCCUGAAUUGAUUAAAAAGUAUGGACAAUAUUUAAAUGCUGAUAAUUUUAGAGUCUUUUUGGUGUCACAAUUAUUGCAAGGAUUGACUAAGAGUGAAAAAUGGUAUGGCACAAAAUACGAAUACGAAUCAAUUCCCCAGGACCUUUUAACCAAGAUUAAGUCUUCCAGGGUAAAUCCAGUAUUCCACUAUCCUACUCCGAAUGAUUUCAUUCCAACUGAUUUUGAAAUAUCUAAAAGGAAAUCAGCUACUCCUCAAGUAUGUCCCUAUUUACUUGAAAAUAACGAGAGAAUCGAUUUAUGGUAUAAGCAAGACGAUCAAUUUGAAGUGCCUAAGGGUACAAUUGAACUUGCAUUCCAUUUGCCAAAUUCAAACACUGAUGUUAAAUCAAGCACUUUCUCGUCAUUAUUUUCCGAAUUGUUAACUGAAGAAUUGAAUCAAAUUACCUACUAUGCAUCAUUGGUUGGAUUAAAGGUUAGAAUUUAUUGUUGGAGAGAUGGAUUCAGUUUUAAGAUUUCAGGAUACAACCAUAAACUACCAAUUUUGUUGCAGCAAGUGCUUGAUAAAUUUGUCAACUUCAAACCAACCAAGGACAAGUUCGAAAUUAUCAAGUUUAAAUUGGAAAAGGAGUUCAAGAAUUUCGGGUAUGGAGUACCAUAUGGACAAAUUGGAACAUAUUUCUUACAAUUAGUCAAUGAAAAAACUUAUUCAUGUGCAGAAAAAUUAGCAGUAUUGGAUAGUAUGAAGUUUGAAGAAUUGGUAGAAUUUUGCACCAAGAACGUUUGGGAAUCGGGAUUAUUCAUUGAAAGUUUAGUCCAUGGUAAUUUUGAUAUUGCUAAAGUGAAUGAUAUCAAACAGACCAUUCUCGAUGCUACUAAGCAUAUCGCACCAAUUUCCAAUGAUUUGGCUCAAAUUCAAAAGACAUACAGAUUAGAAAACUUUAUUGUUGAACCUAAUGAAGUUGUUAGGUAUGAAUUGGAUUUACAAGAUGCUAAAAACAUCAACUCUUGUAUCGAAUAUUAUAUUCAAAUAAGUCCAUCCUCAACCAAUUCUAAGCUCCGAGUUUUAACUGAUUUAUUAUCAGUUAUCAUCAAGGAACCUUGUUUCAAUCAAUUAAGAACCAAGGAACAAUUGGGAUAUGUUGUGUUUUCUGGAGUUAGGCUCGGUCGUACUUCUUUGGGAUUUAGAAUCUUGGUUCAAUCAGAAAGAAGUAGUGAUUAUCUUGAAUAUAGAAUUGAUGAAUUUUUGACUCAUUUCGGGAAAUAUGUUAAUGAAAAAUUAACUAAUGAAGAUUUUGACAAAUUUAAACAAGCGCUAAAGGAUUUGAAACUUACCAAGUUGAAGCACUUGAAUGAAGAAACUGAUAGACUUUGGAACAAUAUUGCUGAUGGAUAUUAUGAUUUUGAAUCAAGAACUAAACAUGUUGCCAUUUUGGAAGAUAUUUCCAAACAAGAGUUUACAAAAUUCUUUAAUGAUUACAUAUUCAACAAGAACGGUGAAACUGGUAAGAUUAUUGUUCAUUUGAAAUCUCAGCUGGUUAGUGAAUUCACCAAGACCAAACGAAUUGAAAGUGCAAUUACAAAUUAUGUUUUCAGUAUUGGAGUGGAAGUUGACCAUGACAAGAUUGAAACUUUGGUUAAAGAAAAUAAGAAUCAAGACAACCUCACUGAAUUGGCCAAUAACCUAUUACAAGAAAUCAAAUCUCAUGAAUCCAAUGAUGUAACUGGAUUAACAGUUGAAUCGAUCGCUUCAGCAGUUACAACUUUAGUGGACCAACCAGUUCCUGCAAAUUAUCCAACUGGUAAAUUAUAUACUACUACUGAAUCAUUUAGAAUUGGUCGUGAAAAAGGAGGUCAAGCGCAACCGGUGGUUCCUAUAUCAAGGUUUUAUUAUGACCAAUCUCAUUUAUAG